AUGUCAACCUUAGCACAGAGAAUCGACGCUGCUACGGUACCGGUGGAGGAGUUACGCAUUAAGGCCAAAGUGGACGAUGAGUUAUGGCAAGGGUUGGUGGCUACAUUGACGAAGGACAAUGGUGGUAUAGAAACGGUGGCUGAUCUUGGUUUCUGCUAUCCUUGGGAUAUCCAGGAGGCGCUAAAUGAAGUUGAAUCAGCAUUAGAUAGGUCAAGACUUGCGGUGUUAUUCGACUUAUGCCGUAAUGAAUGUGGUCUCCCGUGUAGUUUGGUUACAACAGAGAUCGAGAAAGGUGGUGGCACUAAAGAUGGUCCUAAGGCUUCAGAAGGUGAGAGUCGAGUGAAGUCUAGUCAGUAUAUUGAUGGUUUGGCGGAUGGUUCGUUUUCCCUUAUUACACAACAAGCAUAUGAGCAGUAUCUUACGACAUUGAGAGCCAAGUUUGGUGAGGUAUCCGAUGAGUCCAUUCCAAGUCGAGAGCAACUGUCGGGGUUGAAGAGUUUGGUCGAAGCGGGAAAUAUCCCGUUUGUGGAUCUAUAUAUGUUUACUGGAAACCAGCGGGAAAGACUAAGGUCGAUACGGCAAGCUGCGUUGAGGGUGGACGAAGAUGGGAAAAUUCGACGAGCUACAUUGAGUCGUAUUCCUACAUACUCGGAAUGGGCUACAAAUUUUCGUAUCUAUUCUAUGGGGCUCAUUAUGUUGGGAGUAGCACAACAUGCGGAUAUGCUCAAGUAUGCGGAGGCGAUCAGUCGUUUAUUUAAGGUUUAUGGUACAACCUAUUGGCCCCAAGUAUAUGCGGCUGACGAGCACCUACGAUCGGUGAGGCUGGUGAGAUACAAGAAAUCUAAUAAUACCUGGGGUGGUGCUUAUGCCGCUAGCGUUGGGGACUCUGCGUUCUGGAUGGAACGUGUUGAUAGGGUGGUAUUCCAGUUACAGAGAGCUAGCAAGGAGACUUCGACUACAACGCCGUCGAGAGCAUCCGGGAAACGAACUAGGCCAUCUAGAAGCGAGCAGGUGUGCUAUGACUACCAAGGUGGCCGUUGUUCGGGCGAACCAUGCCCGAAUGGACGCAGACAUAUCUGUAUUAAAUGUCGAGAGGUGCAUCCCUUGCCGCGUGGCAAUAGGGAUUGCACGAAGAUGCCGGCGGCUAGUAAGGUUACGUUGGUGACGUCGAAGGAUCAGAAACUCCGGGAAGGAGCUACAGGGUCUGAUCGUGGUGCACAAGGCCAGCCUCUGAGGUUGGUGUCUAUGUGUGGUGAUUGGGAUACUGAGGUGCCGAGAUGGUUCAUUGAGGGUGCCCCGGUUGGUCUGGCUGGUGAAAUUGGGAAGGUCGAAUCCUGUCAUGAGGACUCCGAGCAGCUGCAGAAGUUGGAAUUCAUUUAUGGGGAGGAUGAUUGUUUAAACUUCAGCAAUUAUCCAUCUACUUACGAGCACUUUGACGAAGUCAUGAAGGUACUGGAGACCGAAGAAGAAUGUGGUUUUUGCAAGAUGUGUACAUCGUUUGAUGAGGUGAAGACGUUGGUACACAGUGAUAGCAUUGUGCUCACUCCUUUGGCAGCCAUUCCCAAAUCAAAUGGGAAGCUGAGAUUGGUUUCUGAUUGUAAGGUUAACAAUUUGAAUGAUUAUUGCUUCGUAAAGGAGCAUAUAGAGCUCCCUAGAGUUUUCGAUUGGAUUGAUGAUAUAGUGGAAUUGUCGAAGUUCGCUCAUGAAAAUAGAGAGGUUGUUGAAUUCUCCCUUACUGUGGGGAAGAACGGCAGCAUUAUUGAGUAG